AUGCCCACACUAGUCCUUUCCUUUCCCCUUUUCCCGCCCCUCUUCCUCCUUCCCUCCGCGUUACACUUUCGUCUUUCCAUGUCGGCGCUGUGGCAGAUGAUUGGCAUGCAGGUUCCCGAAAAUUGUCGAGGCAGCAACAGCAACAGCAACCGGCCAAGUGUUGGCUGCAGUUGGAUGCUGACUUGGACUGCUGCAGGGACAGUAGUGGGGCGAUGUAUCGGCAUGCCUGCACAGGGGAGAUGGGGGGACCCAUGCCUCGUGGCAGAAGGAGGGGGCGAGAAGGGGCAGGAGAAGCAGGAGGAGCUAAUGCGAGUGAAGAGCUAUGUGUUCAUUUCUCCAAAGGGCUAUUCCAACCUACCUCCUUUCCCCUCAUCACCCCCCCACAUUUUCAACCUCAAUUUACCCCCUCAUUUGUCCCCUCAUUUCCCCCUCAUUUACCCCCUCCUUUCCCCUCUCCGUUCCCCUCUUGCCCCCCCUCCUUUCCCCCCUCCGUCGUACCGUUCUCUGUCCCCUGUCCCUCCCCACCAUCAUCUCCUCAACAGCACAUUCAAUACAGACGCCCACGAGUUCCUCUGCUCUCUGCUCCACUGCCUUCACUCCAGAGCUGCCACCAUCGGUGCUGCUACCACCCAUCCCACCCACUUCCAUGGGGUGGUGGCAGUGGCCGUGGUGCUUCCGUUCAUCUCAAUUACCAACGAAACAUCUUCUCUCAACCACUUCUUCCAGGUAAAUCUGGUCCGACGGGACAGUGCAAGGCACCGCAUGCACCCACUGUCACCUCUCUACACCUAG